AUGUCGACCGAAUCUUCGACCUCGAAGGGAAGAGGCAGUCAUAAAUCGCGUGGCGGUCUUGGAAAAUAUCUGCGUGCUCGCGGGAGGGGAAGGGGCUAUGGCCGUCCAGCCGAAUUCUCGAAGCGACUCGUAUUGGAGGAUGAAGAACUGGUUGACCCUCAAGGUGAAGAGGCUGCCGAAAUCGCUGCUGAGAUGGCCAGGAAAUUCUCCAGAAGACAGCUCGGAACCAAUGCGGACCGCUAUGUUGAACCAGAACCAGAGUUGGACGAUGACGGGCAACCGGUGCUGGAGCCUGAAAUCGAUCUUUCUGCCUUUCUCGAGCGACAACGUUUGGAUGAUAUUCCAAGCGAAACUGUCCAAGACGAGCUGGAAGAUGUCGACCACACGCUCGCCCACAUCUCUUCUGGCAGUAAACCUGCAGUUUCACGGAAAGGCAAGGUACAAGAGAUCAAAUGGGAUGAGGAACUAGAGUCUUUGGAGCGCGAGAAAACUUCGGCGGAGGCUAUCUGGGAACUGAAGUCGCGAUUUCGUGCCAAAUCCGAGAAGCUCAAGAAAACCGCUACCAUUUUACCUCGUGCUGACCCAGCGCCUGUUGAAGCACCACCCCUUCCUUUGCCUGAUGGCUCCAUGCCACCACCCAAAGACGAGAAGGAGGAGAUGCAAGAUUUUCUUGAUGACCUCUUGGGAUGA